AUGGACCCAUUGGUGACGACAGUGAAUGGUCUUGAGAAUGUUAUGAGCAGUCAUCUUUCAAAUGCUAAUGAUAACAUUCAAGAAAUUGCUAUGUUUUACCGACAGGUAGCUGAACGAGAGUCUACAAGAGAAGCACGUCGAAACUCAUUAGUUAGUGAAAUUAGAAAGAUCACAAAUCCUAACAAUAACCACAUCCAUCACGGACCUUUCCCCAACUCUCAUGGUUCCUCUGGGUCUCGUGGUGCCCUACUCGGAAAAGGUGGUUUUGGCCCUGUUUUCUUGGCCGAUAUCGAUGGAGACUUUUUCAUCGAUUCACUUUUUGAUCAUGAUUAUCUUCUUUUUCAUCCUCAAAUUGCCGUCAAAUCUUCAUUCCUGGAACAUUCCUCUUCGCUUCGAUUUGAGAAGAAGUAUUGUUUUGGCGGUAACUUGUAUGAUCGUAUUACAAAGUUUGGACCUAAAGGCUUGCCAAAAUCGGAAGUUCAUCGGUACACAAGAGAUAUUAUAGCUGAUUUUGGAUUGGCUAUGAAAAUGACUGAUGUUAGGACCAUUGGUGAAGAAGAUGGUAUUGGAGGAACAAGAUCGUAUCUAGCGCCAGAAUUGGUGACUAAUAAUUAUCCUGAUUGGUCUAUUGACAUAUGGGCACUUGGAUGUGUAGUGUUGGAGAUGUUGACAGGAAAAAGAGUGUGGGGUUCCAAAACUUGUGAUCUUGAUUUGCUCACUUACAUUUGCUAUAGUAACGAGUUGCUAGAAAUUCCAAAUGAACUAUUGCCCGUGGCAAUUGAUUUCUUGAGAAUAUAUUUGAUAAGAAACCCUAACAAAAGAUCAUCUGCUUGGUUGUUGCUUGGUCAUCCAUUUAGUUGUGAUUUUUCUUGA